AUGGCACACCCUAAAUCUUCUACAAAACCAGUGGUCUUACCCGCAAGCUACACCUCCCACACCCCCCACGAAUCCUUCCCAGACCCCUCCACCAACAAUCUCACCUGGCACACACUUAUCUCCGCCACCCAAACACCAACCCAAGACCUAAGCGCGGGGAUAGCCGUCUGCCCACCGAAGACCGGCCAGCUCUGCCCACAUCGCCACGUGCAGGCUGAGCUCUACCAUAUCCUGCACGGCGCCGGGCAAGUUACCAUCGACGGAACGGUGUAUCCGGUCUCAGCUGGGAGUACCGUCUACAUCCCUCCGGAUGCAGAGCAUGCCAUUGUGAACACGGGUUCGGAGGAUUUGAGGUGGUUCUAUGUGUUUCCGACGAAUGAUUUUGCGGACGUGGUGUAUCGGUUCUCUGAGAAGAGGGCCAAAUUGUGA